AUGUUUUGCGGAUUCUUCAAACCCAAGUUCUACAAGAAAGGCAAAUCUUCGAUCAAGUACAUCAAGAUUCGGCUCGAAUUUAUGAGGAAAAAGAGGAAUGCGAUGGUCUACUAUUUGAAAACAGACAUCGUGGAGAUUCUCAACAAGACAGGCCAUGAACAUGAUGAUAUAGCUUAUAGAAAAGUAGAAGAAUUACUCGAAGAGCUUAGGAUAGUAUCUUCUUAUGAUCUAAUCGAGCGGUUCUGUGGCUGUAUCUCUUCCAAUCUCUCGUCAAUGCAGAAGCAAAGGGAAUGUCCUGAAGAAUGCAGAGAAGCUGUUUCCUCUUUGAUAUAUGCAGCGGCAAGGGUUCAUAGAUUUCCUGAACUUAAAGAUCUUAGAGCUUUGCUUACUCGUAGAUAUGGAAAUUCCAUUGACGACUCUUCUGUAAAUCAAGAGCUUGUUGAGAACCUUGUAUGGCGAAAACCUUCAAGAGAGGUUAAGAUUCAGAAAUUGGAAGAGAUUGCUCAAGAAUCUGACAUCAGAUGGGAUUCUUUAUCUCUGCAACUGAAGCAACUCGAGCAUACUUCAGCUUUGCAAAUUGAGCAGAACGAGACGAGCAAGGUCGAGAAAAGAGCGAACUUAGAGACAGAGAAAAUCAUCACAUAUGAACAAAGUGAGGACGAAUCGGUUCUUUCACAGAGUUUGGGAAGAGAUUCAUUUUCCGAAGGGAGAUUGAGUUCUAGUUCAAGUUCGAGUUCGAGUUCUAGAAGAAGAGAAUCUGUACAGAAGAAGAAGAUUUUGCCUUACGGAGUAAUCUCUUCUCCAUACACGAAACCAGAACCUCGGAAUGAUGAAGAAGGGCAAGAAGAGAGUAAAGAGAAGAUGAAGAGUAUUGAUCAAGAAAGCUCAAGGUUACUUGGACCACAAGUUAGGGAGAGUCUCACGAACACAAGCAACAAUGAAGCUUCCACAACAAGGGAGAAGGAGAGAACAUCGUUGUUUCAGAGACCUAAGCUCCUGGAUUACGAUGAAGUGGUGGAUCGUCUUGCAGCUCUUCGCCGGAGUUAA